GGUUAUAAAAGGAACAUAAAAGAAGUUUAAGAAAAACAUGUUAAAAAUGGAAAAAUUUGAGAGAAACAGGCGUAAUAGCGAUGCUUGGAUGAGGGUUAGAGAGGGUUUAGGUUUAAGAGAACCUAGAGACGCGUUAAGAAGAGGAAAAGAGGGAAUCUUAUUGGGAACAUGGCAUAAAGAAGAACAAGAAGGACAAGAAGGACCUCCGUCACGGAAAUCAUCAGUGACGUCGGAUACAUCUCAGUCAAGUGGACAAACUACAAUAUCAGGGGCAACUACCCCAGAGGAUGAAGUAGAACAACGGGAAAAUGGUUCAGUAGUACUUCAUGGAGGAGUCAUUUCUAUUUCUACACAUGUUGGGCUUUUUCAGAAUAAAAAACAUGAAUAUUUAGUGCUUACAAAUGAAGAAUUAUACAAGUUUAAAUCGCGAAUCAAGGCGGUGAUGGCGUUUCCUUCGAUUGCACCGAUUAACCAAUGUGAUGAGAAAAUAUCAAAAGUCCAUACGAUUCAUGGAAUAUUUAGAAAACAACGUAUGGAAAUGGAUCGACCUUCAUUGUUACUUUGUCGUAUUAUAGCUAUUAGGGAGGUAGGGCCGGCGAGUUUUUCAAUUUAUUAUGAUGAUCCGUUUUUAUCGUCAUCAUCAUUUUCUACGGUGUCGAUUGUUACAUUACAUUAUAGGUCGAGCGAUAUUAUGCGAUGUUGGAUUAUACAUAUUCGAGCAGCAGUGCAGUUACAAUGUGUUUCAGGAGCAUUUUUGUCAUCUAAGCAAUUUGAUUAUGUUAAAAAUUAUAUGAAAUAUUCAUACGAAAAUAAUAUAGUGUCAGAGCAGAAUUUUAAAGCAUUUCGAGUAGUCCAGAAAUUGUCUAAAUCAUCACGGUCUGAUUCUGGACAUGAUGAUAUAACGAAACGAGUUUUUGUACCCCGAAUUCUUGUAAUUGGAACAUAUAGCAUUCAUAUUUUACCUAUUCCAUCUUUGGAAUAUCCGGCAUUUUCUACGAAUACAUUUCGACCUUUUGAUAUACCCACAUAUGGUUUGUUAUCUCUUUCUUCUAUAAUCAUGUCACCCAAUGAUGAUUAUAUGCGCUUAUGGUUUCAGAUUCCAUGUAAUUCGACGAAUUGUCUAGACUUUGCUUCUUGCAAGUCAGACGAGAUUAUGGCUAUUAUAAAAAAGGCGAUUGACCAAUUGCGACCGCAUUGGCCAAAUACGCCUCUUUCUAUAAAUUUGUCUCAAGAUUUUGAAGCAUUAUCUUUAUCUAAAAAAUCUGAAGAUAUUAAAACAAAUAUAGAAAGCUUUCAACAUACUUUAAGAGGCUAUGCUAUAAGUUAUGGAGUUGAUGCAUCUAAUAUUUAUUAUCAAAUUUAUCAGAAAGAUUCUAAAUCAAUAUUUCGCUUGCUACCACCAACACAAUUUGUUUUGAAAAAGUCAUCUAAUAAAGAUUAUUCAUUGCUUGAGCUGCUUGCUGUGUUUCGUUCUUUACGCUAUCAGUCAUUUAAUGAAAUCUCUUUUGUAGAUAUUAAUCUUAGCUGUUUAAAAGCGAAAAAAUAUCGUCAUGAUGAUACCAAUUUUCAUGAAAGAGCUAUACUUAAUUUAAAAGCUGGCUUAGGAAGAGGUUCUGUGCUUCAAGAAGAAUUGCGGGAUUUAGCUAUUUUUAACAAGUCCCUUAUUAAACUUAAUUUAUCUGGUACUAUCCCAAAAGCUUGUAUGUCUAAUGAUUCGGAUGAAAAAGGUUCAGAAGUGGUUGCAGCUUUAAUGCCACUUAAUAGGCAUGAAAUAAUAACACAAGUUCGAUGUUUUAAUUUUUCUAAAAUUGAGUUGGAUUCGGUUGAUGUUGAUUGGCUUUUGGACGCUGUAACAAAUAGACUUACUCGUUUAGAGGGAUUAGAACUUAGUAAAUGUGGUUUAUCAUGUAGAAGCUUGUCUAUUUUGCUUCAAGGUCUUGAAAUUCAACAUAAUACUAUGAUGGUUUUAGAUCUUUCACAUAAUCCAGGAUUGGUUGAAAUUAACGCUUUAAAUGAUACCCUUUCAAAGCUUUCUUAUUUAAAAGUAUUACGACUAGGCUAUUGUAUAUUUGAUCUUCCUGAAACCUUUAUUCAACCUCAAUCACUUUAUUCUUUACGACUUCAUGAGCUUUGCUUAGAUGGUAUUAUAUUGUCAGAAACUAUCAUAUAUUUGAUAUCUCUAUAUCUCUCUGAUUAUGCUUCUUUUUCCCUUAGAAUUCUUUCAUUAAAAUCUUGUGGAAUAACAGGGACUAAUUUUGCAAAGAUACUUAACGCUAUUAAUCUUGUGGAUCAACCACGAGAUGAAAGAUUGCAAAUACUUGCAGGAGAUAAUAGAUUAUUUGAUGGUCAUGAUGAAAUUGUUUCUUCUAUUUUAAUGGGACGUGGUCCUGCAAGAAUUUCAAUAGCUAGUCUUGAUUAUUCAUCAGAAGAACAAUUUCAAUAUCUUUUAAAGGCUAUUACUGUAUCUAAACAUAUAUCUCAUUUAGAUAUAUCUAGAAUUGGGCUCCCAUAUGAAGCUUCUAAAGAAACUUGCAAAUAUUUAGCUGAGCUUUUUGAGAAAAAUACUUCUCUGAAAGAAUUAGAUUUGACAGGUGAAAUAGGUUUGCUUCAGACCACUGGUUUUGGUAGCGGGAUUGCUCAAUCACUAAAAUCCUUGGAAAAAAAUAAAUCUCUUGAAGUUUUAAAAAUUGAAGGAAAUUCAAUAAAAGAAAAGGGUGCGGAAAUAAUAGCCAAUGUACUUUUGGUAAAUACAACGCUUCGUAGAAUUGAUCUUGAUAAAAACAUGAUUAGUUUCAAAGGGUUUAGCGCUAUUGUUUCAGCAAUGGCAACAAAUUCAACUGUUAUAAAAUUGUCCCCUCUUAUACAUGAUUAUGAACAUCAUUUAUUACAUAUAUCUAUCGAUUCAAAUGCUGCCCUCAAAUCUAAAACUACUUUUUCUUCUGUUAAAAAGCGACAUUCUAUAUGUUCUAAGGAUUUAAAUCUAAUUAGAGAAUCACUUAAAGGUACUUCUAAGGUUUUGAAAGAACAAUGGAAUAGAGAAGCAAUGAAAUUAGAAUCUUAUCUUACACGAAAUCGAUUAAAGCUUAACACAUAAGAAACGCUAAUGCUUAUAUUAAUUUAGAAUUACCAU